UCGGCUCUCCUUCUGCGUGUCCUGCAGUCCGGCUGUGGUUCAGUCAUGGAGCACAGCCACAUCUUCACCGUGCUGACCACCAACUCCAGCUCCUGGAGCCCUCGCGGUUGCCCUCUCGGACAGUUUCCAGUCAUCUACUACAGUUCCUUACUCUGCCUCGGCCUUCCUGCAAACAUCCUCACGGUGAUCAUCCUUUCUCAGCUGGUGCUGCGGCGGCAGAAAUCCUCCUACAACUACCUACUGGCUCUGGCUGUAGCCGACAUCCUGGUCCUGCUGCUGAUUGUGUUCGUGGACUUCCUUCUGGAGGACUUCAUCCUCGGAGCACCUCUUCCACACUCGCUCAACAAAGCCGUGCAAGUCCUGGAGUUCUCCUCCAUCCACACCUCCAUCUGGAUCACAGUGCCACUGACCAUCGACCGCUACAUCGCUGUGUGCCAUCCGCUACGCUACCACACAGUCUCCUACCCAGCCCGAACUCGCAAAGUCAUCUUGGCGGUGUAUGCUGGGUGCUUGAUUUCCAGUGUGCCGUAUUAUUGGUGGCCGGAGCUUUGGCACGGCCUCCCAGGAGCGAGCCCUGGGGGGCGCAGCAGUAGUGCAGGACAGCACGUGCUGGUGUGGGUCCACUGCGCCACGGUUUACCUGCUGCCCUGCUCGGUCUUCUUUUCCCUCAACGCAAUUAUUGUUCGCAAGCUCCGCUGCCGUCGUAGCUGCUUCCGCCUCCGAGGAUACUCAACCGGAAAGACCACGGCUAUCCUAUUAGCCAUCACCUCAGUGUUCGCUGUUUUAUGGGCGCCUCGUACACUUAUGAUUCUUUACCAUCUUUACACGGUGCAACCAGCAAUGCCGGGUCCGGCUAGACUCCUGCAUUUGGUAACGGAUGUAGCGAACAUGCUUGCUCUACUCAACACCGGGGUCAACUUCUUCCUCUACUGCUUUAUAAGCAAGCGUUUUCGGAGGAUGGCCGGCACGGUGCUCAAAGCCUUUUUCCGCUGCAGAAAACAGCCGCCACCUUUUUACGCCAGUCACAACUUCUCGAUCACCAGCAGCCCAUGGAUCUCGCCUGCAAACUCGCAUUGCAUUAAGAUGCUGGUGUAUCAGUAUGACAAGAACGGCAAACCAGUUUGCAUAUCCUCAUGAAUGCCAACUCAAGUCGUGCCAUUCCAAUAUAAAGAAAGCUAAUGAAUCGAGCAAGCUUGGGAAAGUACUUCCCAACUGGUGAUGAGUAGAAGGCAAUGAUUGGAUUGCUAGGAAGUGCCUCAAUAAGACACAUCCAGUGUCAGGCUCAGAGAAAAUCUGGGUAAAAUAAGGCUCAUUGACUGGUGGAAAACAAGCAGGAGGUUUCAUUAAGCUAUAACAGCUAAUUCCUUUCAGGAAAUCAAUGCAAAAAAGACUAUGUCAACGUCAAGAAAAACACAGAAAGCUUGCUUGAGUUCUAGUCGUUGACUCUCCAAACUGG